AGACCCGUCCUAGCAUCUGGGGGGAGUGUCCACCAAAGUUUGCUACGAAGUUGGGCCGAGUUGUGGUCAAAGAAGGACAGAUGGGACGAUUCUCCUGCAAGAUUACUGGCCGGCCCCAGCCGCAGGUCACCUGGCUCAAGGGGAAUGUUCCACUGCAGCCGAGUGCCCGUGUUUCUAUGUCUGAGAAGAAUGGGAUGCAGGUUCUGGAAAUCCAUGGAGUCAACCAAGAUGAUAUGGGAGUGUACACGUGCCUGGCGGUGAACGGGUCAGGGAAGGCCUCGAUGUCAGCUGCGCUUUCCAUCCAAGGUUUGGACAGUGCUAAUAGAUCAUUUGGGAGAGAAACGAAAGCCACCAAUUCAGACAUCAGGAGGGACGUGACCAGUACAAUCUCAAAGGCGUCGAAACUGGACAGUCUGGAGGCUGCAACCAAGAGCGAGAACUGCUCCAGUCCCCAGAGAGGUGGCUCCCCAACCUGGGCCCCAAAACACCAGCCUCAGCCCCUGAGGGAGUCCAAGCUGGAGUCAUACAGGGACUCGCCCAGAAUAGCCCCGCAAACCCCAGUCCUCCAGAAGACUUCCAGCUCCAUCACCCUGCAGGCCGCAAGCGUUCAGCCGGAACCACGAGCACCAGUCCUGGGGGCCCUAUCACCUUCUGGAGGAGAAAGGAAGGGGCCAGCUGCUCCCCAUCCAGCCACCUUCUCCACCAGGCAGCCUGGCCUGGGAAGCCAAGACGUUGCGAGCAAGGUUGCUACCAGGAGAAUCCCGCUGGAGGGCCAGAGGGAUGCAGCAUUCCCCAAAUUUGAGAGCAAGCCCCAAAGCCAGGAGGUCAGGGAAAAUCAAACUGUCAAGUUCAGGUGUGAAGUUUCAGGGAUCCCAAAGCCUGAAGUGGCCUGGUUCCUGGAAGGUGCCCCUGUGAGGAGACAGGGAGGCACCAUUGAGGUUUACGAAGAUGCUGGCUCCCAUUACCUCUGCCUGCUGAGAGUCCGGACCAGGGACAGUGGGACAUAUAGCUGCACUGCUUCCAACACCCGAGGCCAGGUGUCCUGUAGCUGGACCCUCCAAGUGGAAAGGCUUGCUGUGAUGGAGGUGGCCCCCUCCUUCUCCAGUGUCCUGAAGGACUGCACCGUCACUGAGGGCGAGGAUUUUGUGCUGCAGUGCUCUGUACGGGGGACCCCAGGGCCCCGGAUCACUUGGCUGCUAAAUGGGCAGCCCAUCCAGUACGCUCGCUCCACCUGCGAGGCCGGCAUGGCUGAGCUCCACAUCCAGGAUGCCCUGCCGGAGGACCAUGGCACCUAUACCUGCCUGGCUGAGAAUACCUUGGGGCAGGUGUCCUGCAGCGCCCGGGUCACCGUCCAUGAAAAGAAAAGUAGCAGGAAGAGUGAGUACCUUCUGCCCGUGGCUCCCAGCAAGCCCACUGCGCCCAUCUUCCUGCAGGGCCUCUCUGAUCUCAAAGUCAUGGAUGGAAGCCAGGUCACUAUGACAGUCCAAGUGUCAGGGAAUCCACCUGCUGAAGUCAUCUGGCUACACAACGGGAAUGAGAUCCAAGAGUCAGAGGACUUCCACUUUGAACAAAGAGGCACUCAGCACAGCCUUUGUAUCCAGGAAGUGUUCCCAGAGGACACGGGCACAUACACCUGCGAGGCCUGGAACAGCGCUGGAGAGGUCCGCACUGAGGCCGUGCUCACGGUACAAGAGCCUCACGAUGGCACCCAGCCCUGGUUCAUCAGUAAGCCUCGCUCGGUGACAGCCUCCCUGGGCCAGAGUGUCCUCAUCUCCUGCGCCAUAGCUGGUGACCCCUUUCCUACCGUGCACUGGCUGCGAGAUGGCAAAGCCCUCUCCAGAGACACUGGCCACUUCGAGGUGCUUCAGAAUGAGGAUGUGUUCACCCUGGUUCUAAAGAACGUGCAGCCCUGGCAUGCCGGCCGAUAUGAGAUCCUGCUCAAGAACCGGGUUGGCGAAUGCAGUUGCCAGGUGUCACUAAUGCUACAGAACAGUCCUGCCAAAGCUCUCCCGAGGGGGAGGGAGCCUGCCAGCUGUGAGGGCCUCUGUGGUGGAGGAGUUGGUGCUGAUAGUGGUGGUGGUGACCACUAUGGGACCCUGAGGCCUGGCUGGCCAGCAAGAGGGCAAGGUUGGCCAGAGGAGGAAGACGGCGAGGACGUGCGAGGGGUGCUGAAGAGGCGUGUGGAGACGAGGCAGCACACUGAGGAGGCGAUCCGCCAGCAGGAGGUGGAGCAGCUGGACUUCCGAGACCUCCUGGGGAAGAAGGUGAAUACCAAGACCCUAUCGGAAGACGACCUGAAGGAGAUCCCAGCCGAGCAGAUGGAUUUCCGUGCCAACCUGCAGCGGCAAGUGAAGCCAAAGACUGUGUCCGAGGAAGAGAGGAAGGUGCACAGUCCCCAGCAGGUCGAUUUCCGCUCCGUCCUGGCCAAGAAGGGGACUCCCAAGGCCCCUGUGCCUGAGAAGGUGCCACCACCAAAAUCUGCCACCCCGGAUUUUCGCUCAGUGCUGGGUGGCAAGAAGAAAUUACCAGCAGAGAAUGGUGGCAGCAGUGCUGAGACCUUAAAUGCCAAGGCAGUGGAAAGUUCCAAGCCCCUGAGCAACGCACAGCCCUCAGGGCCCUUGAAACCCAUGGGCAGUGCCAAGCCUGCUGAGACCCCAAAGCCUACGGGCAGUGCCAAGCCUGCCGAGACCCCGAAGCCCACAGGCAAUGCCAAGCCUGCUGAGACCCCAAAGCCCACAGGCAAUGCCAUGCCUGCUGAGACCCCAAAGCCCAUGGGCAAUGCCAUGCCUUCUGAGACCGCAAAGCCCACGGGCAAUGCCAAGCCUGAUGAGACUCUGACAUCCACUAGCAAAGAAGAACUCAAGAAAGAUGUUAAGAAUGAUGUGAACUGCAAGAGAGGGCACAUAGGGACCACAGAUAAUGAAAAAAGAUCAGAGAGCCAGGGGACAGCCCCAGCCUUCCAGAAGAAGCUGCAAGAUGCUCGUGUGGCAGAGGGCGAGAAGCUGCUGCUCCAGUGCCAGGUGUCUUCUGACCCCCCAGCCACCAUCACCUGGACGCUGAAUGGAAAGACCCUCAAGACCACCAAGUUCAUCAUCCUCUCCCAAGAAGGCUCACUCUGCUCCAUCUCCAUCGAGAAGGCACUGCCUGAGGACAGAGGCUUAUACAAGUGUGUAGCCAAGAAUGACGCUGGCCAGGCUGAGUGCUCCUGCCAAGUCACCGUGGAUGAUGCUCCGGCCAGUGAGAACACCAAGGCCCGGGAGAUGAAAUCCCGGAGGCCCAAGAGCUCUCUUCCUCCUGUGCUAGGAACAGAGAGUGAUGCAACUGUGAAAAAGAAACCUGCCCCCAAGACGCCUCUGAAGGCAGCAAUGCCCCCUCAGAUCAUCCAGUUUCCUGAGGACCAGAAGGUCCGUGCAGGAGAGUCAGUGGAGCUGUUUGGAAAAGUGGCCGGCACCCAGCCCAUCACCUGUACCUGGAUGAAGUUCCGAAAGCAGAUCCAGGAGAGCGAGCACAUGAAGGUGCAGAACAGCGAGAACAGCAGCAAGCUCACCAUCCUGGCCGCGCGCCAGGAGCACUGUGGCUGCUACACACUGCUGGUGGAGAACAAGCUGGGCAGCAGGCAGGCCCAGGUCAACCUCACUGUCGUGGAUAAGCCAGACCCCCCAGCUGGCACACCUUGUGCCUCUGACAUUCGGAGCUCCUCGCUGACCCUGUCCUGGUAUGGCUCCUCAUAUGAUGGGGGCAGUGCUGUACAGUCCUACAGCAUCGAGAUCUGGGACUCAGCCAACAAGACAUGGAAGGAACUAGCCACAUGCCGCAGCACCUCUUUCAACGUCCAGGACCUACUGCCUGACCACGAGUAUAAAUUCCGUGUACGUGCAAUCAAUGUAUAUGGAACCAGUGAGCCAAGCCAGGAGUCCGAACUCACAAGAGUAGGAGAGAAACCUGAAGAGCCGAAGGAUGAAGUGGAAGUGUCAGACGAUGAUGAGAAGGAGCCUGAGGUUGAUUACCGGACGGUGACAGUCAAUACCGAACAAAAAGUAUCUGACUUCUAUGACAUUGAAGAGAGAUUAGGAUCUGGGAAAUUUGGACAGGUCUUUCGACUUGUAGAAAAGAAAACUCGAAAAGUCUGGGCAGGGAAAUUCUUCAAAGCGUAUUCAGCAAAAGAGAAAGAGAAUAUCCGGCAGGAGAUUGGCAUCAUGAACUGCCUCCACCACCCCAAGCUGGUCCAGUGUGUGGAUGCCUUCGAAGAAAAGGCCAACAUCGUCAUGGUUCUGGAGAUUGUGUCAGGGGGUGAGCUGUUUGAGCGCAUCAUCGAUGAGGACUUUGAGCUGACGGAGCGCGAGUGCAUCAAGUACAUGCGGCAGAUCUCGGAGGGGGUGGAGUACAUCCACAAGCAGGGCAUCGUGCACCUGGACCUCAAGCCCGAGAACAUCAUGUGUGUCAACAAGACGGGCACCAGGAUCAAGCUCAUUGACUUUGGUCUGGCCAGGAGGCUGGAGAACGCGGGGUCUCUGAAGGUCCUCUUUGGCACUCCGGAGUUUGUGGCUCCUGAAGUGAUCAACUAUGAGCCCAUCGGCUACGCCACAGACAUGUGGAGCAUCGGGGUCAUCUGCUACAUCCUGGUCAGUGGCCUUUCCCCCUUCAUGGGAGACAACGAUAAUGAAACCUUGGCCAACGUUACCUCAGCCACCUGGGACUUCGACGACGAGGCAUUCGAUGAGAUCUCUGAUGAUGCCAAGGAUUUCAUCAGCAGUCUGCUAAAGAAAGAUAUGAAAAACCGCCUGGACUGCACUCAGUGCCUUCAACAUCCAUGGCUAAUGAAAGAUACCAAGAACAUGGAGGCCAAGAAACUCUCCAAGGACCGGAUGAAGAAGUACAUGGCAAGAAGGAAAUGGCAGAAAACGGGCAAUGCUGUGAGAGCCAUUGGAAGGCUGUCCUCUAUGGCAAUGAUCUCGGGGCUCAGUGGCAGGAAAGCCUCAACAGGGUCACCAACCAGCCCACUCAAUGCAGAAAAACUAGAAUCUGAAGAUGUGUCCCAAGCUUUCCUGGAGGCCGUUGCUGAGGAAAAGCCCCAUGUAAAACCCUAUUUCUCUAAGACCAUUCGUGAUUUAGAAGUUGUGGAGGGAAGUGCUGCUAGAUUUGACUGCAAGAUUGAAGGAUACCCGGACCCCGAGGUUGUCUGGUUCAAAGAUGACCAGUCAAUCAGGGAGUCCCGCCAUUUCCAGAUAGACUACGAUGAGGACGGGAACUGCUCUUUAAUUAUUAGUGAUGUUUGCGGGGAUGAUGAUGCCAAGUACACCUGCAAGGCUGUCAACAGUCUUGGAGAAGCCACCUGCACAGCAGAGCUCAUUGUGGAAACAAUGGAGGAAGGCGAAGGGGAAGGGGAAGAGGAAGAAGAGUGAAUCAAAGCCAGACAAAAGCAGUUUCUAAGUCAUAUUAAAAGGACUGUUUCUCUAAAACUCAAAAAAACUCAAGAUAGCAAAAGCACCUAGUUGUGAUAGAUUAUCUAGUUAGGUCAUUUUUGGGUUGAUUCUUCAGCAACAGCAGUUGGUACCUGGCAGCGUUAUUGAUGGGCAUUAAUCUACCUUAGCGGGCACUUAAGAUACUAGUGCCGCUAGAUUUCAUUUAGGGAAAUCACCAGUAACUUGCCUGACCAAUUGAUUUUAGAGAGAAAGUAACCAAACAAAAUAUUUAUCUGGGCAAAGUCAUAAAUUCUCCACUUGAAUGCGCUCAUGAAAAAUAAGGCCAAAAGGAGGGUUCUGGGCCACAGCUCAGCCCAGAGGGUCCCUGGAGACAGGAGGCCUUUCUCUCCCCACCCCCUGACUCCAGAGAAGUCUGGGUUUUCUCCCAGUACUGCAGCACCUCCUUCUGAAAGCAGUUGAGCCAUUCUAACUUAUCAGGCACACUUGAUUCCAAAGUACACUGCAGACAUUCAAACUCUCUAUUUCUCUUUCCCCUUCCACCUGCCAGUUUUUCUAGAUCUGAACUUGUCAUGAGUUUAAGCAUUAGCAACAUUAUGCUUCUUAAAUUCUGAAGACAGGUCCCCUGCUCAUGGAUGACUCUGGCUUCCUUAGGAAAAUAUUUUUCUUCCAAAAUCAGUAGGAAAUCUAAACUUACCCCCUCUUUGCAAAUGUCUAGCAGCUUUAGACAUUUGGUUAAGAACCCAUGGGGGAAACAAAUCCUUGCUAAUGUGGUUUUCUUUGUAACCAGGAUUCACAUUUAUGUUGUUACAGAGUAUCAGUUCUGCAUGUGUGGUAAAGAUUUUUGUGUUUGAAUGUAGGAAAAACCAGUUUGCUGAAAUGUUAGUCUUAAUUAUCUAUUGGCCACUAUGAAACAGAUUUCAACUGAUAAAGAGCUGGAGAACUCCAUGUACUUUGGAAUCUUCUCCAAGACAGCCAGAGUUUAAUUCAUCUUCAUUCUCAACACUCUCCAAAGAACUCGACCUACCUUAUGGGUUCCAUAUCUUUCUUCUUAAAUGUGCAUCAAUCAUGCCUUGCCCUCAACCUUUAAAUAUAUUCUUAGACCUGGUAAAUGCACUCAGACUUGCAUCUUUAGGAAUUUUUAGCUUUCUUUCACUACAUUGGCACUUAAAUUUUUUCUUUAUAAAACUUUUUGAAGGUCAUAAACAAAGACCAUAACUGAUAGACCUGAUACAUUUCCCGUGUGUGUGUGUGUGUGUGUGUGUGUGUGUGUGUGUAUGUGUAACAUUCCAAAUACUUUUUCCCCCCACUGUUUGUAAGGUGCAGCCAUUUAAUAUUUUAAGGGACUUUUUAAAGAGUUCCUUAAGAAUCAAUUUAAAAUUACUUCAGUGCAAUCCUACAUAGUAUCGACAUUAGAAUUUUGAUAUUAGUCUUACAUUAUCUUCCAUUCUAUUUUUAUCUGCUUUUUGCUGCUAGUUUCAAAUUGCCAGUAUUUUUCCUUUUGCUUUUAAAAUAGUUACAAUAUUUUUCAUAAUAGCCACAGUAUUGUCACAGUUUAUAAAGGGGUUUUAUUUGAUUUAGAGCAUUCAAAGCUUUUCUCCAUCACUUUUAAUUGUGUUCAGAAUAUAACCUUUGUGUGCGUGUAUGUUUUGUGUGUGCAUGUGUGGUGUAUAUGUGUGUUACAGGUUAAUGCCUUCUUGGAAUUGUGUUAAUGUUCUCUCGGUUUAUUAUGCCAUCAGAAUGGUAAAUGAGAACACUACAACUGUAGUCAGCUCACAAUUUUUAAAUAAAGGAUACCACAGUGCAUGCUGUUUGUUCAAUC